AUUAUAUAUUCCAUGCUAUAGCUUUUGGGCGACUGCCCGCGGUCGCUGGGUGCCUCCGACGUGGGCUGCGUCCCGGCGCGAGACCCUGAUGUUGCGCGAGCCAGGUCCCCCGCUGCCGGAGCGCGAGCCCAUGCUUGCUUCGUGCUUCACUUCCACCAAAUAACAGGCCAUACAAUGGCAACUCGCAAGGAUUCAGCUGCGUUGAUCGAUUCUAUCCGUACAUAGAUCUGUCCCCAUCGCGCUGCUUGCUCGGUCGCUCUGGGCUCGGUGCCCGCCCACGCUUCUGUUUAGCUGCAAUAGGUGCGCUAGGAACUUGCUGCUAGAUAAAAUGCAGACCACUAUGCAGCAGCGUCUCCAGGGCCGUAACGUGGCCGGGCGGAGCGUCGCUCCCUCGGUCCCUGCCCAUCGCUCCUUCCACUCACACCGGGCUGCCACUCAAACCGCUACGAUCAGCGCUGCUGCUAGCUCAACCACCAAGCUGCCAGCUUCGCAUCUGGAGAGCAGCAAGAAGGCGCUGGAUUCGCUGAAGCAGCAGGCCGUCAAUCGCUACGCGGGUGACAAGAAGAGCUCCAUUAUUGCCAUUGGUCUCACCAUUCACAACGCACCCGUGGAGCUGCGCGAGAAGCUGGCUGUGCCUGAGGCUGAAUGGCCGCGUGCUAUUGAGGAGCUCUGCCAGUUCCCGCACAUCGAGGAGGCCGCGGUGCUGUCGACGUGCAAUCGCAUGGAGCUCUACGUUGUCGGUCUGUCGUGGCACCGCGGCGUUCGCGAGGUGGAGGAGUGGCUGUCUCGCACCAGCGGCGUGCCUCUGGAUGAGCUGCGCCCCUACCUGUUCCUGCUGCGCGACCGCGACGCCACGCACCACCUGAUGCGCGUGUCGGGUGGCCUUGACUCGCUGGUUAUGGGCGAGGGCCAGAUUCUCGCCCAAGUGCGCCAGGUCUACAAGGUCGGCCAGAACUGCCCCGGCUUCGGUCGCCACCUGAACGGCCUGUUCAAGCAGGCUAUCACCGCUGGCAAGCGCGUGCGUGCCGAGACCUCCAUCUCCACCGGCUCCGUCUCCGUCUCAUCCGCCGCCGUCGAGCUGGCGCAGCUCAAGCUCCCCACCCACAACUGGUCCGACGCUAAGGUCUGCAUCAUCGGCGCUGGCAAGAUGUCUACGCUGCUGGUGAAGCACCUGCAGAGCAAGGGCUGCAAGGAGGUGACGGUGCUCAACCGCUCUCUGCCGCGCGCCCAGGCGCUGGCGGAGGAGUUCCCUGAGGUCAAGUUCAACAUCCACCUGAUGCCCGACCUGCUGCAGUGCGUGGAGGCCAGCGACGUCAUCUUCGCCGCCUCCGGCUCUGAGGAGAUCCUCAUCCACAAGGAGCAUGUCGAGGCCAUGUCCAAGCCAUCGGACGUUGUUGGCUCCAAGCGCCGCUUCGUCGACAUCUCCGUGCCCCGCAACAUCGCCCCCGCCAUCAACGAGCUGGAGCACGGCAUCGUCUACAACGUCGACGACCUGAAGGAGGUUGUGGCCGCCAACAAGGAGGGCCGCGCGCAGGCGGCCGCCGAGGCCGAGGUGCUGAUCCGCGAGGAGCAGCGCGCGUUCGAGGCCUGGCGUGACUCUCUGGAGACCGUGCCCACCAUCAAGGCGCUGCGCUCCAAGGCCGAGACCAUCCGCGCCGCCGAGUUUGAGAAGGCCGUGUCUCGCCUGGGCGAGGGGCUAUCCAAGAAGCAGCUCAAGGCGGUGGAGGAGCUCAGCAAGGGCAUCGUCAACAAGCUGCUGCACGGGCCCAUGACGGCACUGCGCUGCGACGGCACCGAUCCGGAUGCCGUGGGCCAGACCCUCGCGAACAUGGAGGCCCUGGAGCGCAUGUUCCAGCUCUCGGAGGUGGACGUGGCCGCGCUGGCGGGCAAGCAGUAACGCUGCAGCGUUUGGCGGGGAAGCAGCUUCUUUGCGUGUGUGAGUGUAGGGUGUUUGUUGUCAGGAGCCACGGCAUUGACGGGCGGGCUGAGGGCAGGCGGGCGCGAAUGGGGAGUCGGCUGGGCCGGGCACAGCGGGUGCGCGAGCUCUGGUCCGGGUUGGUGCAUGCAUGUAUUGGCCCCGUGAGCGGCCCUUGCGCUAGUGCGUGGGCAUUGGCUGGGUGCUGCCUACGGACCCCUUGAUUGCUGGGAGGGAGAGAAGACCAACACGUGCUUGGACUGUGAGCGGAGAGCAGAGGACAUUUGGGGGUCGGCGGGCCGUGUGCUCCAGCGGAGAGGUGAGUCAAUGCGGGCACAGUGGGUAGCGCGCCUUGCGGCAAGCCGUGGACGCGUUGCGAUGCCUGGGGAUUGUAUGCUGCUGCUUCUGCUGUUUGCUGCUUGCCCUACCUGGCCCCAUGACAGGGCAGGCGGGACGUGUUCCGAUGCACCGAUGUAUUGAUGGCGAUGUGAGUUAAGAUGCUUGGCGUUCUGUGUGACCGCGUUGGAUGGUGUACAACUAUGUUUGGAUGUGCGUGGUUUCGGAAGUUGGUGUAUGUGCAGUGCAAUUGCGUGACGGCGCGUCGGGGGCUCUUGGUGCCCUGGCCGGCGCCCUGAGCCCCCGCGUACAUACCUGCUGCCUCGAGGGUGUGUGAAGGGCGGAUUGAAUAAUUAAUGGCGGCGGCGCUGAGAUGAGAGCUGCAUGCGCACGUGGCGGACGAGAAGGGAGGGCCGGGGUGAGGACUGAGGUCGGGGACUCGCCGAGUGCCAGUGUGUGCCGGGGCGGACAUGCGCCACCUCUGCAGCCUGCACCCCGGCCGCAAGGUGAUAGGAGGAGAGCCGCCGCGCCAGUGACUGCAGCGAGACGGGGCCCGGACGCGGGCGCCGUAGCAGGUGUGAGACGGUGUGCGACGUAGGUAGCAGUCCAAGCAGGGUUCGGGCGUGCCUGGGAUUCGGAGCGUGUGUGUGCAUGCGGAUGUGCGAUUGUGCUGACAGAGGGUAGAAGUGAAGUUGAGCUGCAGAAAGGGACAGAACUGGUAUAUGGCGCGAGGCAUCCCGAGCCGCUGAGCUGGGCAGUUCACAAGCCGCGGGUUGAACGAAUGGGACUGGAGUGAGUCUCGCGCGGUGUGCUGUGAGUGCGCCUCAAUUUAGCAUUUUCUUUUCCGGAGCGCCGCCACGCGGCGCAGUGGGCCGCGCAAGUAUUGGCGCAUGCAAAGUUAGUAUGAUGGGCGUUUCAUGGGGUGCCCGGAUGCGGCACACCCAAACCAUGAUGGCAUGACCGACAGACAAUGCCGCAGCGUUAUGUUAUGUCAGAUAGGUUUCAAGCUUUGUCGGAAGCGAAUGGUUUGCAUGGCGGAGUUUGCAGAAGUGGAUGCGGUGCCACGCGAAGGGUUCUCAGGGUGGUGUCCCGCAAGUUUUGCAGCGUAGGCUGGUGCGGGCGUCACAUGGAGGCCGGGGCCCUGUAGCAGAUCGCCGGUGCGCGCGAUGGAAUGAAGCCAUCCUGCUGUAAGGCAACAUGAAAUG